UUCUAGAAACAGGUGAGUCCUUCACCCGGCAAGCCACAUCUAGAGAAGAAUCUCCACAUUACAGAACCUAAGCUGUCACUGCUUUCUGGGUUUGUGUGUUUCUGGGGUAUCAGGAAGGUCAAUAAACAUGGCGACUACACUUCAUCUUAUUGGUGGAAAUGGAGGAAGUUUCUUUUCUUUGACCGGUCGUGAAAACGGUGCCACUCUCAAGAAGAUUGGUGUGGCAGUGGGUGGCUGGCAGAUCAAAGCCGUGCGGGUUGAACUGACCGACGGGCGUGUGGAGACCUUUGGAAAAUCCCACACUUUCAGUGAGUUCACGUUCAAACUUGGCGAGCGCAUCACCAAGCUGUCCCUGUGGGGGAACGGCGCCGGGUCUCGUCUGGGUGGCAUCAGGUUCUGGACGAGUUCUGGACGCGAGUUCUUUGCACACAUGAACGACUGGCCCCUGAAGACCGAGUACUCUAUCGACGUGGGGUCAGGAGUCUGCCUGGGGGUGCAGGGGAAGGCUGGCUCAGACAUCGACCACAUGGGGUUCCUCUUCAUCAAUGCCAUCAAGUCGUCUGUGCUAACCGACAUGACCUAUCCCAGCCUGGCCAUGUACACUCCUCAGGUCAACAAAGAAUACAUCAAAUCGGUGUCUUACCACAACGACACUAGUGCGGUUCAGGAGCAGAAAUGUUCGUACAGCAGAUCUGUGACCAAGUCUAACACCUGGAGCACCACCACGAAGAUUGAGUCCACCGUCAGCAUGACCGUUUCAGCUGGGAUCCCAGAUCUGGUGGAGGUGUCUAGUGGGUUCAGCCUGACCGUGGGAGCUGAGCAGUCCUCCGCAAUGACCCACGAGGAGACCAUAACAGAAUCUGAUGAGAUCAACGUGAAGGUCCCGGCAGGAAAGACCGUGAGCGUGGAGUUGUCAGUGGGACGAGCAGUCAUCGACCUGGAGUACAGGGCCAAAGUGAAAAUCACAUGCCUGAACGGCAGCGAGCUGGUCUUCGAUUCCACUGGCAACUACAAUGGUGUGGCUUACACUGCAGUGAAUGUAAAAACCACUGAGUCUGAUAAAGUUAUGAAUGUUGAAUAAGAUCAAAGUUUCAAUAUUCAUUGCGUGACAUUAAUUUGAUAGCUAAUGCAGAGUCAUGUGGUCUUGCUAAAUAAAUCACAUUGUUUAACCUUUUAAUCUUACCGUGCCCUAUUUUAAUAAUCAUUGCAUAACAUUGUAUGCCAAUGCGGAGUCAUGUGAACUUGCUAAAUAAAUCAUUGUCACAAAUAAAUAAAGCAUCAUAAACCUG